AUGCAGCAACUUGUGGCUGAACAAAAGGAAACAUUGAAGCAAUUACUCGGAUCACACAGACAAGAUGUCCAGGCCCUGACGAGCGCAAUCAAAGGACAAGAAGGUGGGUCAAAAUCGAAGCUUCCACAGCUGGAAAUCCCCACAUUUUCUGGAGAGUACAUGGAAUGGCAAUCAUUCUAUGACAAAUUCGUGUCUACUGUCCAUUCAAAUAAGGAUUUGUCGAAUGUGGACAAGUUUACCUACCUCAGUGGGGCUCUGUCAGGAGUAGCAGCAAGUGCACUGAAGCAUCUACCAGCCAAUCACGAGAAAGCACUGACUAUUUUGCAAAAAAGGUUCAACAAACCAAGGAAUACUGUGGCAGAGUUCAUGAAAAUAUUUUAUGGACAACCAAAACUGUCACAAACAGAUUCCAAGAGGCUCCGAGCAAUGUUCAAUGCGUUCGAAGAAGUCACUCAUGGGCUUGAAGUCAUGCAACAGCUGACUCAUGAUCCCUUCAUGAUCCAUUCCGCCCAGAAAGUGGUGGAUCCGGAAACACGCACUCUGUGGUUUAACGAAAUCUCAGAGUCACCAUGCGUCACUUGGUUACAAUUCAGAGAGUUUCUGGAAAAAAGAUGUGAUGCUUUGAAGAUGGAGACAAGUUCUGGAACAGCUGACAAACCCACCAAAAUACCUCCAGCUCCUAAACAGGCUCCUGCAAAGACGAGGUCUUCUCUGGUGGCAACAGCCAAGGAUGGAGAAGGCUCAGCAGCUUGUGUGUUUUGCAAACAGUCUCACAGGGUGUUCGAGUGUCCCAAAUUUCUCUCGGCAAAACCAACACUACGCCGCAACAUGGUGCACAAUCACAAACUCUGUUGGAAUUGUCUUCGUUCUCAACAUUUCCUGAAGGAGUGCACAGCUGGAGGAUGCCAAAGCGAGGUUAGCACCGAUGACAGCAAAACAUACCCAUGUAGCACAUCUGACACCAGUGACCCAAGUAGCAAAAACUGUUAUACAACCCCAAGUGGCACAAACAGAUUCAUCCCAAGUAGCACAAGUGGAAGUCAGCCAGGCACUUCCCAAUCAAAGUUUACAGUCGGUUUAACAUCAAUGCAUGCAAUCCAAUCACAGCAAGUUCUUCUACCAACAAUUCAGAUUUUGGUUUUCGAUGUUUGGGGUCGCCAACACAAAUGUCGUGCCCUUGUGGAUUCAUGCAGUCAGCCGAAUUGUAUCACCCGCAAUUUCGCCCAGAAAUUGGCGUUACCCAUGAAGAGGAGUGAGCAGAGCAUCAAUGGUUUAGGAUUGUCGGAGUUGGGGAGUUCUCAAGCAGUGACAAUCACCAUCAACUCACAAUAUGAGCCAUUCUCCAUGCGUUUGGAUUGUGUGGUUUUGGAGUGCAUUACAGACAAUCAACCAUCAGCUUUUGUCGACAGUGGCACCCUCAGGAUACCACCCAAUCUACGCUUGGCAGAUCCGGACUUUAACAAGCCUGGAAAGAUCGAUCUUCUUCUGGGAGCUGAUGCUUUUAUGAAAGCACUUCGUUCACACUACAUCAGUGGUUCACCAUCAUUCUUGGAGACUGUAUUCGGAUUCAUCGUUGCAGGUGAAUGUCCAGGCAUGCCACAAACAACACUACAGUCUCAUUUGGCAACUUGUUUGUGUGCCACGCAGCCUCAGGACUCUCUACAGUCUCAGUUGGAGAAAUUCUGGCUUAUUGAAGAAGUCAAUGGAGGUCAGAAUAUUCUCAGCCCAGAGGAGAAGAAGUGUGAAGAGCACUUUCAGCUUCACACAACCCGCAACAACAAUGGACGUUUCACAGUCAGUCUGCCAACUCGUGACAACCUGCAACAGCUAGGGGAAUCACGUGAGAUUGCAGAAAAGAGAUUCAAGUGUGUUGAAAGGCGUCUACAAAGGGACAGAAAUUUGUAUAUUCAAUAUCGGGAAUUCAUGAAGCAAUAUGAAUUGCUCGAACACAUGCGACUAUUGCCUCCAGACUACACAUCACCUCAGCCUGCUGUCUACCUCUGCCACCACCCGGUAAUCAAGGAAUCUAACAGCACACCAGUGCGAGUCGUGUUCGAUGCAUCAGCAAGGACAAAGUCGGGACAAUCCCUCAAUUCGGUUCUGAUGGUAGGAGGCAAGACUCAGGACGAUAUCUUCGACAUUCUUUUGAGAUAUCGGCAGCAUAACAUUGUUCUGAGGGCAGAUGUGCAGAAAAUGUACAGACAAAUCGAGACGGUCACAUACGGGACUGCUUGUGCACCAUUUGUGGCCACAAGAUGUCUCAAACAAUUGGCUAUUGAAGAGCAGAAAUCCUUCCCACUGGCAGCAAAGGCCACUGAACGAGACUUCUACGUGGAUGAUGUUCUUACUGGUGCUUCCACAGUAGAAGAGGCCAAGCAACUACAAACACAACUAGACCAGAUGAUGUCACAGGUCCUCAAACAAAUCCCAGAGGAUGACCAGGAAUACAGUUCUACUUUGAACCUGGAUUUGGAGGGCAAUGUAAAAACCCUUGGACUCUACUGGAAUCCGACCACUGAUGCCUUCCGAUUUACUGGAUCUGAAGUCAGCAGUGCAGUCACCAAGCGGAGUAUCCUUUCAGACAUGGCAAGGAUAUACGAUCCGUUAGGUUUCCUGUCACCAAUUGUGAUCACUGCCAAGAUUCUUUUUCAGUCGCUUUGGAAGGUGAAAGCUGAUUGGGACGCAAGACUCAACGAAGAAGUGAUUCACAAGUGGCAAGAAUAUCAGAUGAACAUCAAUCAAGUCGUGUCCCAGGUUACUGUAGUCAGACAAGUCACCUGCAGUCAACCUCAGGACAUUCAACUGCUGCUUUUCUGUGAUGCCUCGGAAAAGGCUUAUGCAGCUAGCUUCUACGUACGCACCAUAGAUUCAGACAACGCAGUUCAUACCCAUCUUUUGUGUUCAAAGACCAAGGUGGCCCCGCUGAAACAAGUGUCACUUCCACGUUUGGAGUUAUGUGCAGCCCAGCUAGGUGCGCGACUGUUGAAGAAAGUCAUGAAUGCACUUACGAUCCCCAUCAACGAAAUUCAUGCAUUUUCCGAUUCAAUGAUCGUAUUGCAUUGGAUUCAUGGCGAACCCCAGCGAUGGAAAACAUUUGUGGGCAAUCGAGUAGCUCACAUCCAGGGCAUUGUUCCUCCAGAACAUUGGCACCACGUGAAAUCGGAAGACAAUCCAGCAGAUAUGGCUUCAAGGGGUGUGUCAGCGGAAGCACUCAUCUCAGAUUCCAUGUGGUGGCAUGGUCCACAUUGGAUCCAAGACACAGAUAUGCAGUUUCAUGAUCCGGAGUUUGUGCCAACUGACAACACGAUCCCAGAACAACGCAGCAGUGUGUCAUUGGUUAUUGUGAAUGAGCAGUUUUGGUCAUUCAUUGAUCACUUCUCAUCAUUCACAAAGCUAGUCAGAUGUAUCGCAGUAUGGCGCCGAUACUUUACUAUUUUGAAACAGAGAUUGGCCAAACAAGAAGUUGCUCAAGGACAACUUACCGUGCUGGAGCUGAAGUCAGCUAAGAUACUUCUUUUGCAAAUUGUGCAACAGCGAGCUUUUACAACGGACUAUCAGCGGUUGUCUUCUGGCACUCCAAUCAAAAGGAAGUCUCCCAUUCAUAGACUUCAACCGUUCAUGGAUGACGACAGGCUCAUUCGUGUGGGAGGUCGACUCUCCAAGGCAGACAUUGGAUACAAUCAAAAACAUCCUGUCUUGUUGCCUCAGCAUCACUAUGUAACAGAGAUCAUUUCAUCAGAACUGAGGCAGGAAUACUGGCCUGUGCGAGGAAUUGAAGUAGCCAAGAAAUCAAUUCGAGACUGCGUCACAUGCUUUAGAGCAAAACCUCAACCAGUCCAGCAGAUGAUGAGUGACUUACACGAAUCCAGAGUCACCGAAAUGUAUCCAUUCUAUCAGACAGGGGUGGACUUUUGCGGUCCCGUGUUCAUCAAGACACCAAUCAGGUCGAAGACUCGUCUCAAAAUGUACAUAGCAUUGUACAUUUGUCUAGCAACCAGAGCGGUACACAUAGAGCUUGUCACGGAUCUGACUACGGGAGCUUUCAUCGCUUCGUUGAGACGCUUCAUCUCACGUCGUGGUCGACCCGCGCAGAUUCUGUGCGAUAACGCUACCAACUUCGUUGGUGCUAGUCGUGAGUUGAAGGAGUUGGAGCUUCUACUUGCUUCAAAGGAUCAUCAAUCAAAGACCCAGAGUUAUGCAGUCAAUCAAGGGAUUGAGUUCAAGUUUAUCCCUCCGAGAAGCCCUCAUUUCGGCGGAUCGUGGGAAUCAGCUAUCAAGCGGAUCAAGUAUCACCUCACUCGAACAGUGGGAAAUGGAUUCUUCACAGAGGAGGAGAUGAUGACCACAUUGACCCAAAUUGAAGCCUGCAUCAACUCUCGCCCACUGACACCAUCGUCAACGGACCCGACUGAUCUUGAAGCUCUCACACCAGCUCAUUUUUUGAUUGGGUGCCCGCUGACAGCAGCUCCAGACCAGUCACUGACGGGUAUUCCAGAAAAUUCCCUCAAGAACUGGGCUCUGGUACAACAACGUGUGCAGAGUUUCUGGAACAGAUGGAGGACAGAGUUUCUCCAUACCAUGCAACAAAGAAACAAGUGGACAAUGGAGCAUCCAUCGGUCACCAUAGGAAACAUGGUAUUGAUAAAAGAAGAUAAUUUACCACCCACGAAAUGGAUGCUUGGAAGAGUCCUGGAGGUCCAUCCGGGAACGGAUGGAAAGGUUCGCGUAGCAACUGUACAAACUUCUACAGGAGUCUACAAUAGAGCAGUUGCGAAGUGUGCUACCUGCAAUGAUGGUAUAACCUAUCGCAAUAAACCGGGUAUUCCCUGUGAUUCUUGUCACCGAUGGUAUCAUGCUAGUCAUACUGAUCCUCCUAUUAUUGCGAAUCCAGGAAUUAUGUCUCGGGCGGAGGUUUGCCAGCUCGUUGAUCCGUUUUUGAAUGGGACAGUGAAAUGGACUUGCGCAUUUUGUUCUGCCCAGGAGGCGGAUGAUGCUGCGCACACUUCCGUGACAUCCCAUGUCAAUCGGUCUCACGGAUCGCGCAAUUCAUCUACGCUGUUUCAGCGCAACAAUGCUGCUGGUGGUUCUUUAGAGGACGCUCUUGAUGUGCGCUUGGUCAGGCUGGAGGGAAUUUGUGAGACGCUUAUUCGCGAAAAUUCGCAUCUUCGUCUUCUACUGGAUGAAUGCUUAGGCCUGCGGACUAAUGUCCGAGCACUCGAAUUUCGCCUGGACUCAAUGUCUUCCUGGGCGUUUACACCACGGCCCUCUUCUUUCGGUGUGUUGCCUAAACCGGUUAACAGACUCGAGUCUACCUUCCUAGGAGAGCGUGGGCCAUCUUCUGUGCGCCUCUCAAGGAAUGAGGUACCCCAGAGUUUGAGCAAGAAAGUUUCUGGGAGGCCUCGUGAUGACUUGAGGAUUGAUGAGGAGGAGUCAUUAAGCCCGCUUCUUCGUCAGAUCCGUGAUUCAUCUGCUGCAGUAUUAUCGGCGACUGGAUCUCCGCCUCAGUCUGGUCCAUUGCCCUCGGCAUUGGAUUUUCGUGGCUCUACGGUUCCUGGUGAAUCUGAUGAUGUGUCUCGACCGUGGAAUUUGGACGUAUUUGCCCCACCGGUGCCCCCUAAACCAACGCCAAAGGUUGUGUCUCCUAAACCAGCGCUGGAUGCUGUGAAGGAUACUCAGCCCUCUCGUUCCCGCAGGGAUCAUCCUGUUGUGAUUGGUCGAAUGAAACGUGACAAUCCCCUGCCUGCGGUGAACAUGCCCCCCUUGCGCUGGCUUUUCGUCUCUCGACUCGCAAGAGAUGUCCCUGCAGCUAUGUUGAGGGAUUUUUUGUCAUCGAGAUUGACCUCUAAACGCAAACCUGUGUGCAUUAACCUUGUCCGAAGAGAUGCCAAUAGACGAGUGGGCUCUUUUAAGGUUGGGCUUAGGCCUGAUGAAUUUGAGGAGGCAUUGAGUGAUGAUUUCUGGGAUGAGGGAAUCCUGGUCAAGGAGUUUGUUGAUCUUUUUCGUGGGCGACUUGAGCCCACCUCGGCCCCGAAUCCUGCCGUUGCUCCGAAGCCCGAUACGGUUUCUGAGCCCAUUACGGCCGCGAAGUCCGCUGGGGCCCUCGGGCAGGACCGUGUUAGAGCACCUGAGGCUUCCUCGUCACUCAACGGUUUGUCUUCCACAUGA